AAACUGGAGGCAAAGACCGGCCCGCGAGCAGAACGGUGCGACUCUCUUCAGGAGAAGGCGGCGCGAGCCUGGCGGGACCGGUGCGCAGCGCCGAGAUCGAGCUCGGGCUGCCAAACCCGGUCCCGCCGUAGCCAUGGACGGCCUGCGCCAGCGCUUCGAGCGUCUUCUGGAACAGCGGAACUUGGCCACCGAGGUACUAAGGGCAGUCGAAGCCAAGACCGGUGUCGACAAGCGGUACUUGGCAGCAGGCCAAGAGGAGGCUGGGAGCCUGCGGACUGGGUGGGGAGUGGGCCAGGCCCCCACCCAUGCCCUCUUUUCUGCAGGAGCCACCACUCUGCUAAGCCUGUAUCUUCUGUUCGGUUAUGGGGCACCUCUACUAUGCAACCUCAUCGGCUUUGUGUACCCCGCAUAUGCAUCGAUAAAAGCUAUCGAGAGUCCAAGCAAGGAAGACGACACUGUGUGGCUCACUUACUGGGUGGUGUACAGCCUAUUCGGGCUUGCCGAGUUCUUCAGCGAUCUACUCCUGUCCUGGUUCCCUUUCUACUACGUGGGAAAGUGCGCCUUCCUGUUGUUCUGCAUGAUUCCCGGACCGUGGAAUGGGGCUCACAUGCUGUAUCGUCAAGUCAUACGUCCGCUGUUUCUAAAGCAUCACGAAGCCGUGGACAACAUCAUGAGAGACCUCAGCGGGCGAGCCCUGGACGUAGCAACAGGAAUAACUCGGGACGUCCUUCAGACCCUGGCCCGAAGCCGGGCUCUCGUCACCCCAACAGCAAUGGUGGUGGGCCCCCCGCUGCUACUGGAGCCAACCUUAGCCCCAGUAAGCAUGUCUCAACUCCAGAAGGACCAGUGAAGUCCCCAUCCGGCCCCCGUGCAGAUACGCUGGCCGGCCAGCAAAAAGACACCAGGUCCUCUACGGAUUCAACUGAUUCACAACAGACCUCCGCUGUUCCCUUAGCCCAAAGCAAGCCAGCCUCUGGAAGUGGCUCACGUACCGCCUUGGCCCCGUCCCAUUCUCAUUCCUGGCCUGUAGGCUCUGCCAAAUCCCAGGUCCAGCCUUCCUCAAAAGCAUCUAGGCCAAGAGCCAAUUCUUUCACCCACACCCCUGGCCAGCAGCACCCUCAACCACUCACCACUUCCUGGGGCCCCUCCCAGCCAGCCCAGCAGUCCCUUGGCUCUGGUUCAGGUUCUGCGCAGCAUCCCAGCCCCAGUACUGUGCCAUCCCCCGGUGGUACCACCACCCCCGGGCAGCCCCACAGCAGCCCCAAUAGGCCAGGGGAGUCGGCCCCCAAGGCCUCUAAGUCCAUCAAACAUCAGAAGAAGUCCCUAACGCAACUAAACCCCAGUGGUACCAUCAUCUCCAUGCAGUCCCACAACGGCCCCAAUAGAUCAGGGGAGUCGCCCCCCAAGGCCUCUAAGUCCAACAAGUAUCA